AUGACGUCCCUAGCCCCAACUCCACGCACGGACCGCGGCCCAGGGGGAGUGCUCAGGAGGAUCCCCAAGCGCCCCAGCCGGGCCGGGGAGGUGCCCUCAUACCCUCACCAGCCGCCAUCUAACAAACGCCUCCGUCGGCCGUCAUCCCCGUACUCUACCUCACCUCUUGCUCGCCCUGUCACCCGCGAUGACGUACGCGAGAAGAGGGAACGCGUCGCUCGCCUCGCUCAGACGCUGCGAGUCCCUCGGUCGCGGUCACAGCCCGGCAGCGACAUCAGCUCUCCGCACCCGCACCAGAGAGGCUGGCUGCCCUCUCUACCCUCGUCUUCAUCACACAGCGAUGGCAGCAAAAAGUCGCCGCCCUCGACCUCCAUAGCAACCACGGAGCCGCUGCCUGACGUCGCUAUCGUUAACUCGGCAGUGAGACGGUCGGCAUCCAUCAGAUCCAUCAAUGGCGCUCCAGAGGCCGUGGGUGUCGGUAGGAGCCUUUCAGGACGCAGCACUGGACGCAAGGGCAUGAGCGAACAAGCUGCUGCAAAUUUUUUGGAAGCAUCUUUAAACAGCGCGUCGCUCCACGCAAUAAAUGCUGCAGCACUCAACGAAAACGGAGAAGUCCCAGAAGCUGAAAGUUUACUCGCCGUAGAAGAAAGUGAAGGAACAGAUUUAAUUAAUUUAGGUAGCUUGACACAACACGGCACUGAAGUCGACAAUGAGUCUGUAAACGCUGCUGGAACUCAACCGGGUUCACCCUCAGCCAGUAAUAAGCUUCCAGGAUCUGCUACAGAAGUCGAUGACGGAUUGAAGGUCAUUACGCCAGAAGCGGAAGCUGCAAGUACAGCAGGCGAAGUAGAAAAUGCAGUUGCAGAAGAAAAUGAUACUGCAACUGCCGAAGAUGAUGAAGCUGCAGCAGCCAAUGAUAUUGCAGCUGAGGCAGAAGAUGAUGAAGCCGCAGCAGCAAAUAAUAAUGCAGCAGGAGCAGAAGAUGAUGAAGCUGCAGCACCAAAUGAUAAUGAUACUGAGGCAGAAGAUGAUAGACUUGUAACAGACAAAGAUGCAACAGCAGAAGAAGAGAAUGCCGCCGAAUCAGAAGAAGCAGAAGUUGCUGGAGGAGUAGGAGAUGAUGUUGCUGUAGAAGGAGCAGCAGAAAAUGAUGCACCUGCGACAGAAACUGACGUAGUUUCUUCAACAGAAGUUGAAGCAACAGCAAUGUUAGAUGAUAGUUCAGAUGUGGCUCCAGCCGAUGAUGAAGGACCUGAAGCUGAAGCUGUAACUGAAGCUGAAGCAGCAACUGAAGCUGAAGAGACAAUUGAAGCUGAAGUUGAAACUGAAGCUGAAGCAGCAACUGAAGCUGAAGCAGCAACUGAAGCUGAAGGUAAAGUCGAAGCUGAAGAGGCAACUGAAGCUGAAGUUGAAACUGAAGCUGGAACGUCAGCUGAAGCUGAGCCGGAAACUGAAGCUGAAGCGGCAACUGAAGCUGAAACGGCACCAGUAGCUGAAGCUGAAGUGGAAACAGAAACUGAAGCUGAAGCUGCAACGGAAAAUGAAGCUGAAGCGGAAACUGAAGCAGAAACGGCAGCUGAAGCGGAAGCAGAAACCGAAACAGAAACGGUAGCUGAAGCGGAAACUGAAGCAGAAGCUGCAACUGGAGCUGAAGAGGCCACUGAUGCUGAAGCGGGAACUGAAGCUGAAGCGGCAACUGAAGGUACCCCAUCUUUAAAAGAAUAUGAGGCCGGUGAUGCUGAAAUCGAAAACUCUGAAGCUGGCAAUACAGGAGCAGCUGAGGAAAACUCAAACGAAGCAUCUGCAGAAGCUCCUGAAACUAUUGCACUUUUGGAUGAUACUCAAGCUGAAGGAAACUUAUCAGAAGAAUCUAUGGUCGAGAGGGAUGCUUCGGCUGACGGUGAUGAUUCUCCGACAGCAGACAAAGCUGAGAGUGAGGAGGCUGAGGCAGCAGCUCUUGAAGCUCCUUCAGACGAACCCGUUGAAAUAACAGAGACAAAUGAAGGGCAAGGUGAAACAAAUAAUGAAGAGGCUGGCCCGGAAGGAGAUAAAGCUGAAGCCAGCUCAGAAAAGGAGGAAGAAACAACAGAACAGAACGCCAUUGACAAUAAUGAAGAGGAAAAUCAGGAUUACGACAUACUCAUUAUUAAUCCCGACGGUGAGCUCUCGGAAGAAGAGCCCGAAGAGGAGCACAACGCGGAGGCUGAGCCGGUUAGCCAACACGAAGAAGAGAACCCCGACGUCGAAGAUAAGGGAAUGCAAAGCGAAGCGGCUGAGGCAGCUCCACAGCAGGAGACUUCUUGGCAGACGCUGGCGCCGUACGAGCAGAUGGUGGCGGUGAUCAGAAGCGGCAGCGAGGAGGAGCAGUUCGCCGCCGUGAAGCGCACUAGGAAGCUCCUCUCCAGGAACGAUGGCACGCCCAUUGACGAGUUCCUCAAGGCGGGCGUCUUGCCGCCCCUCAAAGCUUGCCUUGAGAAACAACACAAUCCACAACUUCAGUUCGAGGCGCUGUGGGCACUCACCAACAUCGCCAGUGGCACCUCAGAACAAACCAAGGCCGUUGUGGAUGCAGAUUUCGUACCUGUUUUCCUGCGGCUACUGUCGAGCAGCAGUUCGAAGGUGCGGGAGCAGGCGGUGUGGGUGGUGGGCAACAUCCUGGGUGACAGUCGUGAGCUCAGGGAUAAGGUGGUGGAGGAACAGGCUAUCCCCAGGCUGUACGAUCUUUUCCUCAGAGACUCAAAGGAGAAGAGUCUGGAGAAUCUAUGCUGGACAUUCACGAACAUAUUUAGACACAAGCCAUGGAAGUUAGAGGACGGCGAGCUGGCGAUGUGUAGGAAGGCCAUCACAGGUUUCUUCUUCGGGGACAACAAGAAAGACAUGCAGGACGCCCUUUGGACCUUAGCUUUCAUGACGGACGCCGGUGAAGACCACGUCAACUGGGUUGUGGACUCUGGUUUCGUGCCGCGCAUUGAAGAAAACUUGCGGUCCGGCGACCCAAACCUCAUCAAGCCUGCCCUACUCGUCAUCACCAAUCUCCUUAAAGACCCAAAUCACAGAAAGACAGUUGCGCUGCGCAGCAACGUCGUGAUCUCGGUGGUGCGGCUGUCGACGAGCUCCGUGACGGCGAUCAGGAAGGACGCGGUCAAGGCACUGGGCAUCAUCGUCAACUCCGGGGACGAGGAGCUCCUCAACGCUGCCCUCGACGCCGACCUCCCCACGGGCCUGGCGCUCAUGAUGCAGAGGGGCGACCCGACCGUGACGCGCGUGGCGGGCGUGGCAGCGGUGGCAGUGGCGCGUGACACGGUCCUCGAGCGCCUGCCUGCCGUGGCCGUGGACAAGCCGUACGUGGUGGCGCUGAGCCUCCUGCUGCAGCAGGACGAUCCUGUCCUCAUCAUGAACGGACUGGAGGCUCUGCUCACGGCCAUCCAGCGGUGUUCGGAAGCGGGCUUUUCAGUAGCGCCCUUGGAGCGUCAGCUCGCAACCAACCGCAUGCUGGAGCUGACGAAGCACAGCGACCCGAGCAUCAAGGCCCUCGCCCGGGCCUCCGUCAGCUACUACAGCGACAAGCGGGCCAGUCAAGCACAGCAACAGGAGCAACAGCAACAGCAACAACAGCCAGUUGAACCACCAGAGAACUAACUCGAAUUAAAGUAACCAGUUCAUGAACGCGGGGACGCGAUUAUUCAUUUAAUUCUAGUUGAUUGCUGUUGAAACUUUGUAAAUUUUAGAAUAAGUGAAUAAAUUUACCUGUUAUUCAUUCCUUGUUAUAGGUUAUAUUUUCUCCACUAAGAACUUUAUCUAGCGGUGCUGUCUCAAAGUUUCCUGCGUUGGAUUCAUGUUUUAAUUCUUGCUAAAAAGGCAGCAACAUUGAAAGUUUUUCUCUUAUUUACAUUGUUUUGCGAAUUAACAGGAGCUUGACUCAACUUUCUCGAGUAAAGAUUCCCAAGGAAAAGGUAAACAAUUUAUCAACAGAGUUACAGAUCGACCUGUGAAUCUACUAAAAACCUCUAAAAAUAUUUAAAAUACUCUCGUGUAAAUAAACUGAGGUUACGCGGCAGGUUUUUGCGAAUCAUAUCAAUUUUAUUAUAUUAUUAUUA